AGAAAACCACCCCCCAAAACACCAAAAACAAACAAACAAAAAAUUGCGCGGGAAAAAACUGAGAUUUUUGUUGUUUCAGAUUGAAUGAGCGAGUUCGCGCCAUCUGCGUCUGCGUCUGCUUCUGCUGCUGCUGCUGCUGCUGCCGGAAGUGGCAUUGCACUCCGCUCUCCAGCGCUUGCUGCUGCCGUUGCACAGUCCACUGCGGCUGCCGCGAAUGCCGUGGCUACCCCGGCGGGCGUCCAGGCGGUCGCCAAGCUCAACCGCGCGGGCCAGAAUCCGUUCGCCUUCGGUCAGCUUCUGUCGCCGCUGCUGGGCAUUUCGGACGUCUAUCUGGGCGCCGACGCCAAUCCGGUUGUGUUUAGCGAGGGCACGUGCUGCCUGGAUCUCGGCGACUACGUCAUGCUCACGGUGCGGGCGACCGCCAAGGGGCUCGUCGGCGUUGAUGCAGAGCCGGUCGCCGUUGCGUUCGGCGUCGUCGUCCAGCCAAACGUCAUCCAGGGCGAGGACGGACUUCUCUACGCAUUUGACAAUGGAGACAUUCUGCCAAACUCUCCCCUUGCGGACGAGCUGGCACGAAGCCCGCGGCAGCACGAACCAGUGCUCUUUGUCUCGUGCAGGCCGCGCGUGCAGACGACGACUGGAUCCGCACUGCCAAUGACGCUGCACACCCACCACCAACAGCUGCACGUCGGAUCGGGAUCAUCGCCCAUCACCAUUGGCACCACAAGUAACCACCACGCCGGCCUGAAUGGCACAAGCAGUCAUAUCGCUGCAACAGUCUCGCCAGGUUUGUCGUCCUCAUCGGCACCGCACGUCAUGCCAAUCGCUCGUCUCGUUGCCAGUCGGAUCUCGUCCGUCGUAAAAGCGUGGAAGUCAAACGACAAGAUGCCAUACACCAGCUCGGGUUUCAUCCUUGGGGUGCCCCCGUUGCGCGACUUUUGGAUUGGCGUGCCAAAACGCUCAUCCACUCUGCAAAGCCAAGCCAUCACGCUCUUCAGCGAGGCUCACGCGCACGAAACCUUGUUAACGCUGGCGGCAAUCCGAAACGACCGCGGUGGACUGACAGGACUGUUUAUGAGCGCCGAAAUUGAGCGUGGCAUUCUCGUUCCGUUGGCAAGCGGCGACCGCUGUUCCAUCGAAUACACCUGGCGACCCAACAGCGCCGCGGUUUUGCAUGCCUAUUUCUCCAUCGCGUCUGCUUGGGCCUACACCGCCUUCCCUUCGAUUGUUCCCGAGCCAGGUGAUUUGGCGACGUUCCGCUUGGUCUUGAGCUCGCAAGCCGUGACACGAGUGCGUCUCUUGUGCACUGCCACCGUGCAAGGCGCCGGUGAUGCGCUGCAACUUGUCGUGAAGCGACGUGCUGGGGAUUUGUACUUGCCCGUACCACAGGCACUCCCCUUCCCGUUGCUCGAUGGCGACCGUGUGACGUUUGUUCUUGACGUGCGUUACUCGAGCUCGCCCGAGCCGUCUCCGUUCGGAGUAGUGCAAACCAGCUCAGCCGCAGUCACAUCUGCAUCACCUGCUGCUGCUGAGCCAAUAUCGCCACCACGGCAGCAGUCACCGUCGUCGGGCGGAUUAUUCCCACACUUGGUGGCGUCAUCUUUGCGUUUGCUAACAGCCCGCGAUGGCGACGCUAAUUCGAGCAUUCUGCGUGGAGUGCUCAAUGUGGCCACCUCUCAAAUUGACUUUCGCGGUGCGCCAAUUGUGGUGAGCUCGUACCACUCGUCCUUGCACAAUCCUCACAUGUCACGUGCGACUGUGGCCUUCCGGCUGUCGUACACAUCUGCGCGAAGCGGCGCCUUGGUCUUGCAAGCGUCGGACGUGCGGGAUGUUCACCCUUCCGAGCCGCGGCGCAUCGAGCCGAGCAGUGUCACCAGCGCAGAUGUCGCGCAUCCAAACCCGCGUGCUGGAGCGGCGCCUAUGCGACCUGCUCCCAGUGACAUGUCAGCCAGUGCAUCAGCGCUCUCAUCGCCAGCUGCAGUCAAUGUUCCAGCAGCUUCCCUCCUACCCGGAAGUUCGUCGGGUUCUCCGAGCGCCAAUUCCGCGUUUGUCUCCAAAAGUUACGGAGGCUCACCCAGCGGUGCACAUCUUCCUCCUGCCGCGAUUGCGAGUCAACUUUGGGUUGGAGGAGGUGAGUCUGGAAGCACCCCGGACGGCAGCUUCUCUCGCUUCAAGCCCAGCAGUCCGUAUCCAAUUUCUCGACCGCCGACAUCCGAAGUCACAGCAACCAUGACUCGAGGCGCCUCCAUCGUCCUUCCAAAUGGUGACCCAUCCGUGUUUGGAACAAGCCCCGUGCUGUCAAAUGUCGGCUCGGGGCCUUUGCGCCUCGCUGCUGACGCCAUGACGCCGGGACACGCUGCUGCUGCUGCUGCUGCUGAAAUGUUGGUAGACCCAACGGCCCCGGCCGCGUCUGUGCUCUCCAGUCUCUCCACGAGCCCGCUCGAUCUCUGGGCGAAUCCAGUCACUCCACUAAAGCCGACGUCCCUAAAACCGUUGCUCUCCAAGAAGGUAGAUGCCUCAGCGCCUCUUGUUGCACCGAUCUUCCCGUUUUCGGAUUUCGCCCUCGGCUCGACCCCAGACUUGCUGUGGGGGCCGCGCUCCUCCUUUGCUGCCGAUUUCGGCACAUCAUCGGCUGGAUCCUCGUCAGCGUGGGAUUUGCCGCAGCUGUCGUCAGCACUUGCGUAUUCUGCGAUUCGCCCAACGGACACCAUGCAGCAGCUUGGGCUUCCAGGCAAUCAGCACCCAUUACAUCACAGCAGCGGGGCUCGCAGCAGCGGCUUUGUCUCCAGCGCAACCACCAAUGUUCUCAACGACGGCAAUGUUUGUGUUGCCGACCGGCUGCGCUUUGACCCCAAAAAUAUUCUUGGUCAAGGUGCUCACCAGGUGUUUGAGGGAGACUUUCGCACUCCGCUCGGCACCUACAAGGUUGCAGUCAAGGUUGUGGGCAAAGUUGCUGCCAACAAUUAUCCAGAGUAUUUAAAAGAGGUGGACACCUUACGCACCAUGUCCCAUCCCAACAUUAUCCGCAUCUAUGACCAUUUGCAGAACGACAAGUACCACUUUAUUGUCAUGAAGAAGGCGGCCUUCACCAUGCACGACUUUGUUCGGCAGCAAUCCGAUCACUACCGCCCCGACAUGCGAAUCAAGCACGUCCGGCAAUUGUUUGAUGCGCUUUCGUUCUGUCACUCCCAGACUCAGCCCAUCAUUCACGGAGACAUCAAGCCCAGCAACGUUUUGCUCACCGACACGUUGGAUUUGCUCUUGUCCGAUUUUGGCGGCAGCCGGCACACGCUGUCCACAAGCGCGCUGGACUCCAAGCUUGGCGCAGCCAGUCCUAUUCCCAGUCAACCCGGCACGCCUCGAUGGCGAGCGCCAGAGGUGAUGCUCGAGCAGCGGUUUAGCACGGCGGGUGACAUUUUCUCGCUUGGGUUGGUUGUCUACUUUAUGCUCUCGGACGGCGAGCAUGCCUUCCAAGGCGACGCCGCCGAUGAGCUGGUCGAGCAGUACGUUCGCGAAAACCGUCAAGUUGGAUUGGAGGCUGCCGAGGCCAAUGGAGCAGCGUUCAUCACGCAGCACCCGGGCUGUUGCGCUCUGAUUACUCGCAUGAUUGAUGCCGAUCGUGAGAAGCGACCAAGCAUUCGCGACGUCAUGGCGCACCCCCUCACGUGGACGGACGAAGAGCGACACGCGUUUGUUCGUAGCUGCCAUCGGGCCAUCCGGUCCUUCAAAGACCUCAAGCACUUUAUCGUCAAUCACCGCGACGGGCGCAUUGUUUGGGCGCGCAGCAAGCAUUGGAACCGCGUCUUUCUUGACGGGCCUCAGGAGCACCAGCAGGUGUUUCAUUGGGUGAGCCGUCCACCCGACGGUCCGUACGGAGACACGCUUGCCGAUUUGCUUGUGUUUGCCUGUCGGAGCCUUGACCACAUUCACGAGGCGCAGGCCGAAGUGCGCUCUGCCGCCGGCAAGGAUGGAUUGGCGCUUGUCGUGCAGCUCUUCCCGCGUCUCAUUGAUGUCACGUAUGCCAUUCUUCAAGAAUACCGUGCGGCGCUUGUCCAUUGUCUUGGCGAAGUGGAUCAGAUUCUCCAUCCGUCGACAGGCGGUUCUUCAACCUCGGCCUUGGGUUCAUUAUGAGAACCUUUAUGUGUUUGUCGUUGUGGUGUACUUUGUGUACUUAUGCGGCAUUGUGCACAAAUGCAGUACAGUACAGUACAAUGCCGAUACGAUCCAAUUCAGUUCUCUGAGCAUGCAUUCGCUUGCAUUG